UACCCGGAAAUUUGACUUCUUGAGGGGUAUGUAAGUACGCACCACCCUUUUGUUCUUCGCGACUCCAGAGGAUAUUGUAAUUUGAACUCAGUCAUCCUUUUUACCCAGAAAUUUGGUACUAUUUUUGAUUUCUGGGUAAUCAUUAAUUAGCAAAAACCAUUUUCUGGGUUUUGGUUCAAUUUCAGGUUUUGGUUCAAUUUCAGGUUUUGAUUAUGAUUUCAGAAAAAUCAAUAGUGGGUUUAUCAAAUAGGGAUGGGACUAUAUCACCUGUUGAAUUUCGUAAAGGAGCUCAUUUAUUUUCUGAGAAAUGGAAGACAGUUUGCCGAACUCAUGAACAUGAUCUCCCUCCUUGGUCUUGGGUUUGCUGCAAAAAUCCACUUUUCUUCACUUCUCAUGAAGUAAGUGGGUAUCUGUUAAUGGAGAAGAUGUGCAUUUUGAGCUCUGACAAGAUAGAUGAACGAGAAGCUGAUCAUGCUGUAGAAGAGCCUGAUUGCUUCGAGAGCGAAGAUCAUGCUGAUCCUGCUAUGCUGGUUCAGCAGACUUCUCAAGAAGCACAUUACUAUGACUUCCAUAUAGUAUACAGCAGUUCAUACAGGAUUCCAGUAUUAUAUUUCCGUGGCUAUUGUUCUGAUGGACAACCGUUAAUGUUGGAUCAAAUCGAAAGAGAUCUUCCACCCAGCUCUAUUCAGGCGCUUGCGGAGUCAAAGUGGACUUUUAUAACUCAACAGGAGCAUCCUUAUUUGAAUAGACCAUAUUUUACCCUACAUCCGUGUGGUACAAACGAAUUGAUGCGGCUACUCCUCGGUAGUACUUCUCUGUCUGAAGAAAAUGUUAGAUUGGAAUGUUAUUUUGUAUCAUGGCUCUCUAUUGUUAGCCUGGUUGUUGGGCUGAGGAUCCCCCUUCAGUUGGCUGCGUAUUCGCCUGAGAAACAGCACAACUCUUAAAGGUGCUGGAAUCGUGAUCUAAAUUUUAGCAUAAACUUAACUAGCUCCAUUAUGUUCAUAGUUAGACCUUUUCCCGAAACUUGAUAAUGUAUGAUCAAUAGAAAUUUCGCUAUUGGAUUUACGUCAUUUUUUUUCAA